UGCCGCUGAUGCCGUCAACAGCUUCCCAAGUAUGAGCAGAUCUCGGCCAAUGCCGCACGCCUCAAGCACCAGCGUCUUAGUCGCAGGCACCAUUGGUAUGAAUGAUGCUGCUGAUGUCGUGGUCGUGUGCACCAUCUUUGUUAUUGAUCGCCCCAAAUCAUGUAUACUCAUCGUGGCAGGCGCAGGGGCGAUGAUCGAUGAUGUAGGAGAUGAAAACGUGGUUGCAUUUUUCGAAGUUGGCAUCGCGGUCGUUGUGAAUGUUGUCGAUGAUGCAGCUAUCUGCAGAGCCGUCGUUGUAGAUGAUGACAUAGUGGUUGGUGUUGAAAUUGCUGUGCAUGUGAUUGGAGAGAUCCUUCCUGGAGCAGAUGCCGACAACACCUUUGUCCAUUCUUCCGCUUUUGGGCUUGCAACAGCUGCUUAUGUUGGCUAUUAUGGAUAUGAGAGGGGUCGCCCCCCUGAAUAUCUGCAUAAAAGACCAGUUGCACCGAGCGACAUUUUACCCCGACAGAAUCUCGAGAGCCGUCAAGCAUUGCUGAAGAGAACGACACAGCUGAAUGCGCUGCGCUCUGGUAGUACUGCGGAAGAGCCUUUUGAUGUGCUUGUCAUUGGAGGGGGUGCGACUGGGACUGGUGUGGCACUGGAUGCCGCCACACGUGGACUGAAGGUGGCACUCGUUGAGCGGGAGGAUUUUGGAGCUGGGACGUCCUCGAGGAGCACAAAGAGUGUGUAUGGCGGUAUCACGUACUUGGAGAAAGCAGUGAAGGGCUUGUCUUAUCCAUAUCUGCAGCUGGUACGAGAUAGCCUACGCGAGAGAGCAAACCUUCUGCGGAAUGCGCCUCAUUUGACAUACAUACUUCCCUAUUGGAUACCGUGCUACUCGUGGAUAGACAUUCCAUAUUUUUGGAUCGGGGCGAAGCUGUACGACUUCCUUGCAGGGCCGUCGGAUCUGCCCCGUCCCUCAGGUUUCCUCUCAACGAGGGAUGCCCUCUCUGAUUUCCCUCAGUUGGCAACAGUCAGGCGAGACGGAAAGACACUCAAGGGUCUAGUUGUCUUCUACGAAGGCCGAACAGACGACUCGCGCCUUUGCCUCAACCUGGCGUGCACGGCUGUGCUAGCGGGUGCGGUUGUCGUCAAUCACAGCAGCAUCGUGUCUCUUCAACAUGACAAGGCAACACCUGAUCUGGUCAAAGCGCAAGUUCAAGAUCAUCUUGCGACCAACCCAUCUGAUCAGGAUUUUGAAGUUUAUGCCAAGGUAGUGAUCAAUGCCACGGGUCCUUUCUGCGAUUCCAUCCGCCAAAUGAUCCUCAAAGACGGAGGCAGAAAAGACGAAGGAGCGAGAGACUCGGAGGAGGCCAUCAAGGGCUACAAGCCCUUGCUGGCACUCAGUAGUGGAACCCACAUCCUCCUCCCGGCGCAUUACUCGCCAAGUCACGCCUCAGUGGCGCUUUGGAGGACAAAGGAUGGUCGUGCGAUGUUUAUGAUCCCUUGGAUGGGUAAGACAAUUGCGGGAACAACGGACACCGCUGUGUCAGAAGCCAGAAGGUCCCCAAAACCAAGGGAGGAAGAAAUUGCGUUGAUUCUGGAAGCAAUCGGAGAUCAUUUGAGCAUGCAAGUCCACAGGGAUGAUGUCUCGUCAGCAUGGAAUGGGGUAAGGCCUCUGGUGGCUGCUGAGGCUGAGAAUGAUGAUCAGCGGCAAGCUAGCACAAGAGCCCUGGUGAGGGACCAUGUAGUGAGAGUCGACAACGACAGGUUCCUUACAGUUGUCGGCGGAAAGCUGACGACGUAUCGUAAGAUGGCAGAGGAUGCUGUGGAUUUGGCUGUACGCGUCGGGGGGUUUCCGAAUGCCAAACGAUGUGCCACUGAUCACCUACUUCUGGCAGGAUCCUAUGGCUGGGAUGCGCUACUCUUCACGACCCUUCUGCAGAACCGUCCUGUCAGCGACGACAAGACCAUGAUGCCGAAUAACACUCAGUCUGACCACAAGCACGUAGAGAGAUUGCAAUUGUCAAUUUUUAGAAGGGGUUGCAAGGAAGUGUCCAUUGAUAGAGAAGUAGCAGAGCAUCUUGCAAGAUCUUUCGGCGGUCAAGCAAAGACAGUGCUUGAGAUUGCCAGGGGUGAAAAUUUGGGAGAGCGGUUGGUCAGCGGAUACCCUGUCCUAGAGGCGGAGGUGGCGUUCUCUGCUCGUGAAGAGUUCUGCCAAUCUGCAGUUGAUUUUAUAGCAAGGAGGUCACGACUGGCGUUUCUUGACGUGGCUGCGGCCACAAAGGCAUUGCCUCGCAUUGUUGAUAUUCUUGGAAAGGAGUAUGGAUGGGGCAAGCGGCGAAAACGAGAGGAAUUGGAUGCCGCCAGAAAGUUCUUGAAAACCUUUGAGGCAUGAGGAGCUCCCUUUAAGCCAAGGUCGAUAUAUUUGGAGUCUUUGAACACGAGCGCCCAUGGGGCAACAGGCAAGAAUGAGAGAAGUUAGAUGCUGGCACAAUAUUCUUCAGGCAAAGAAAUUUUCACAGCCAAACAAAAAUUUGCAGCCACAGAUCCGUUCCUCCUUCUUUUUUUCCCAAGAAAAGGAAAACCUGCCGUCUCCUCAUACAGGGCACAGGUGUAUUCGCUACACUAUUUUCUUCUCUCGAUAUGUUUUGUUGCCUCGCAGUAGCUGCCUGCAAACCACCGCUCACUCACUCCAUGUCUAUGCCUGGUAGACGCAACACAGCUAGGGUUAUGGGCCUACCUAUCCUAGUGGGCUGAACCUAUCCGCUCGGGGCUGAACCUACUACCCCAUCUGAGCCUGUCGCCUUAGGGUUGAACCUCACCCCUAGCAAAGGAUGGAAGGGACUGCAACUAUCCCUCCCAAACAGCCAGGGGGGGGAAGAGGGGGGCAAGCUGACUAUCUCAGCUGGUGAACCCACAGGAGGCCAUGGGGAUUUCGAAUGGAAGGCGUGGGAAACCCACGACCUCCUGGAUGCUGCUUUCGUGCUCUAACAAUUGA